GCCACCAUUACGUCAUCGUGGCAAAUUAAAGGAGGAGGUGGGAAGAGAGGACUUACUGUUGUCAUGGCCCAUGAGAUGAUUGGAACUCAAAUUGUUACUGAGAGGUUGGUGGCUCUGCUGGAAAGUGGAACGGAAAAAGUGCUGCUAAUUGAUAGCCGGCCGUUUGUGGAAUACAAUACGUCCCACAUUUUGGAAGCCAUUAAUAUCAACUGCUCCAAGCUUAUGAAGCGAAGGUUGCAACAGGACAAAGUGUUAAUUACAGAGCUCAUCCAGCACUCAGCCAAACAUAAGGUCGACAUUGAUUGCAGUCAGAAGGUUGUAGUUUACGAUCAAAGCUCCCAAGAUGUGGCCUCUCUGGCCUCAGACUGUUUUCUCACUGUACUCCUGGGUAAACUGGAGAAGAGCUUCAGCUCUGUUCACCUGCUUGCAGGUGGGUUUGCCGAGUUCUCCCGCUGUUUCCCUGGCCUCUGUGAAGGAAAAUCCACCCUAGUCCCCACCUGCAUUUCUCAGCCUUGCUUACCUGUUGCCAACAUUGGGCCAACCCGAAUUCUGCCCAAUCUCUAUCUUGGCUGCCAGCGAGAUGUCCUCAACAAGGAGCUGAUGCAACAGAAUGGGAUUGGUUAUGUGUUAAAUGCCAGCAACACCUGUCCCAAGCCUGACUUUAUCCCUGAAUCUCAUUUCCUGCGAGUGCCUGUGAAUGAUAGCUUUUGUGAGAAAAUUUUGCCGUGGUUGGACAAGUCAGUAGAUUUCAUUGAGAAAGCAAAAGCCUCCAAUGGAUGUGUCCUAGUGCACUGCUUGGCAGGGAUCUCUCGCUCUGCCACCAUCGCCAUUGCCUACAUCAUGAAGAGGAUGGAUAUGUCCUUGGAUGAAGCUUACAGAUUUGUGAAAGAAAAAAGACCUACUAUAUCUCCGAACUUCAAUUUUCUGGGGCAGCUCCUGGACUACGAGAAGAGGAUUAAGAGCCAGACCGGAGCAGCGGGGCCCAAGAGCAAACUGAAACUGCUGCACCUGGAGAAGCCAAGCGAGCCCGUCCCGGCCGCCGCCGCCGCCGCGGAGGGGGGGCAGGGAGGCCAGCCGCCCCCCGGGCCGCCCCGCGCCCGCCCCGNNNCCCCCGCCGGUGCGCCCGGCGCCCAGCCCUCGCUGCCCGACGACGGCCCCCUGGUCCAGGCGCUCAACGGGCUCCACCUGCCCGCGGACCGGCGGGAGGACAGCGGCCGCCUCAAGCGCUCCUUCUCCCUGGACAUCAAGGCGGUGUCGCCGUCGGGCGGCGCGGCCGCGCCCCUGCGCGGGCUCUCCCCGGAGGCGGCCCCGGAGCCCUGCAAGCCCUCCUCCGCCCUGGAGGGCGCCGGCAAGCCGUGCCAGUUCUCCCCGGUGCGGGAGGUGUCGGAGCAGACGCCGGAGGCCAGCCCGGAGCGGGAGGAGGCCGGCCCGCCCCGGGGUCCCCAGCCUCCUAGGGCCCCCGAGGGCCAGGGCGCGCGGCCGCGCGCGGGGAGGCCGCUCCUGUCGCCCCUGCUCCGCAGCGGCAGCGUGGAGGACCACUGCCAGCCCCGCUUCCUUUUCGGCCUCUCGGCCAGCCAGCAGCACCUGGCCCCGUCCGCCGCCGGGCUGGGCCUCGAGGGCUGGCACUCGGACAUCCUGGCCCCCCAGACCUCCGCCCCCUCCUUGGCCAAGAGCUGGUAUUUCGCCCCUGAGCCCCCUCACUUCUACUCGGCCUCGGCCGUCUACGGAGGCCACGCCGGCCCCCCCGCCUUCAGCUGCGGCCAGCUGCCCGCCUGCGGCGGCGACCCGGGCCACUCUGUGCGCCGGCGGCAGAAGCCCAGCGACAGGGCCGACUCCCGGCGCAGCUGGCACGAGGAGAGCCCCUUCGAGAAGCAGUUCAAACGCAGAAGCUGCCAGAUGGAGUUUGGCGAGAGCAUCAUGUCCGAAAACCGGUCACGGGAGGAACUGGGGAAGGUGGGCAGCCAGUCGAGCUUCUCAGGCAGCAUGGAAAUCAUCGAGGUCUCCUGA